UCCUCUGCAGCCGCCCCCCUCUGGGCGGGACUGAUCCUGGGCCGCUGCAGUCAUGGAGUCCGCUGCUUUCAGGGACUGCGAGGCCUGGCAGGCAGAAGGUCUGACUCUAUCCACCACCAGCAAUGAGGCGUGCAAAAUGUACGAUGCCAUACUUACUCAGUAUGUCACAUGGCGCAACGACAAGACUCUUGGUGGGAUAGAUGAAUGUAUCUCCAGGGUCCAGAAAGCCGACCCAAACUUUGUUAUGGGUCAUGUGAUCAGCACGGGGUUGGAGCUGGUCGGGACGGGGAGCUCUGUCCUGUUGAACGAAAGGCUGGCCAGCGCCGUCAGGAGGACCAUGGAGCUAGCUCAGAUCCAGAACCUUACUCCCCGAGAGAAGCUGCAUGUCAGCGCUGUGGAGAUGUUCUCCAAGGGGUGCCUUCCCAAAGCAUGCGAUUUGUGGGAGGAGAUCCUGCUGGAGCACCCCACCGACCUGCUGGCGCUGAAGUUUGCCCACGAUAGCUACUUCUACAUGGGGUACCAGGUGCAGAUGCGAGACUCGGUGGCCCGGGUCCUGCCCCACUGGAAGCCCUCCAUGCCUCUCUACAGCUACCUUAAAGGAUUAUAUUCCUUUGGACUUCUAGAGACACGUUUUUAUGACCAGGCGGAAAAGGUUGCAAGAGAGGGCCUGGCCUUAAAUCCUGGCGAUGCUUGGAGUGUCCACUCCAUGGCACAUGUGCAUGAAAUGAGAGCUGAGGUUGACAAGGGCCUGAGGUUUAUGGAAGAUACAGAAAAGAACUGGAAUACCUGUGACAUGCUUGCCUGUCAUAACUACUGGCACUGGGCCUUGUACUUCAUUGAAAAGGGGGAGUAUGAAUCUGCCCUGGGCAUAUACGACGGGCAGGUGGCUUCUCGAUGCCUGUCUUCCGGGGCCAUGCUGGACACAGUGGACGCCUGCUCCUUGCUCUACCGGCUGGGUUUGGAGGGUGUGGCUGUGAAGGAGCGCUCGAGGGAGCUGAUGCAGGUCACGGAGUCACACGCGGAGGACCACACGCUGAUCUUCAAUGACCUCCACUUUCUCAUGACGUCACUCGGUGCUGGAGAGGAGGGGGCCACUCGCCGACUGCUGGAGUCCCUGCGGGAGCAGGCGGAGACCCCAGGGGUUAACCACCAACUUCAGCUGGCCAAGGAUUUGGGGCUGCCCAUGUGCCAGGCCCUGAUGGAGUACGAUCAGGGGAACUACGGGCAGGCUGUGGAGCUGCUGCAGCCCUUACGCUACCACUUCUGCCAGAUAGGGGGCAGCGAUGCGCAGAGGGAUCUUUUCAGUCAGCUGCUUAUUCACGCGGCCAUGAAGUCAGAGAGCGAGUAUCACCGAAGACUGGCCAGGUGCCUGCUGGCUGAACGCGAUGCAGCCAGACCCAACUCCCUGCUCACCAGUCGCCUGAUCCAGAGAGCCAACGCCCUGCAUGCCUAGCAGAGGUCAAAGGUCAAUGAACUACCACAAGGAAGAGCCAGGGCAGGAGCAGAGAGGCCUGCGUAAAAACGUUUAGUAAGUAGUGUAGGCAGAGUGGAGUACUGUAUCUAUCAGUGAAACUCAGAUUAAUCCAUUCUCUUCAAUUACUGCAGUACUCGGCACAGAUCAGGCCAUUAAUUACCCAUAAAAAUGUUAAUGCAUAAAUCAGCGGUGGUUGAAUAAAUUAACAUGUUUAUGUAAUGCAUAAUUGUUUUGAAUUCAGAUUUCAUGAUAAUAAAAAAAAGCACGAUUGAA